GAUGGUCAAGGGCUCGUCGCGCGUCUGCUCGACGCCUCUUGCGGCAUGCAGCGUGCAGUAUUAGCAUCAGACCCAUUUGGCGGUGCUGUUCCCUUCUCCCCAUGGCACCAAAUCCCGGCCAGCCCAAUCCACAGUCCUCCCAUCCUCAAGGGUUCAGAAAAAUCUUGCUAGGCCCGUAAGUUACGCCGACCCAGUUCCAUUGCAGGGAUCCAGACCCUUCCCGCUGCCCAUACUGUCACCGUUGUGUUCCUUUGCGACGCCCGACAUGAGCCCGUCGUCAAGCUUCCUUUCGAAUUGGGCAGUGAUGAUCGCUGAAUACAUCGUACAGCCAUGAAGCCCCGUCCAGUAUGCCAAAAAUGCAUCCAGAAGAACCCGCUACUGAACGCUACGAACCCCGGAAGUCGGCAUGCCGCCUUCGAGAGCUCUGCGGAGGGCUUGCACCGAAGCCUCUUGGCCUCUGUAGAAACCGCAGCAGGGCCCGCAGCAUGCAGGCCUCGGUCCAGGGCCAUUUGAAAACAAGAACGGAGUACGACUGCACUCUGCUGGCAUCCGCUAAUGAGCUCUACUGUGUACUGCAUACAGCGUACUCCCUACUCUCGUGCUAUACCUUCGACUCGCGUCGUCGAAGCACAAGGGGACGUUGCUAGGCAGAUAUCUAUUCGCUUCCUCGCUUGCCGAUGUUCUCUCUCAUCUAUGUCCCUUCGGCGAGUCACCAUAAAGGUAUAUUUCCCGCCUUGGUGUGCUCAGAAUAUGUAGACCUGCAGAAGACAGCUACUGCUAGAGAUUGCGAAAACGAAACAGCGAUGGGAAUUUCGGGUAAUGGGACGGUUCGGACGCUGCUUUGGCUUCCGUGAUCGAGUUUCAUGGUCCCCCCCUUGGCCCUGGUCAUGGAUUUAAAGGUUGAUGAUGUACAAGGCCAACAGAAUGGGUCCUGCUACUGCAGACAUGCAUUCAUGCUUGAACUGUUCUGAACAAGCGCCAAUCCAAGGGAACACCUGCACAGCAACUUGUACACUGACAGUGCACUGGUCACGAGAAAAGCGGAUCGAACAUAGUCGUAGAGGUACCGAGAGGGAUAUAUUGCAACGAAUGAUAUGUAAUGGCAGGACAGGUUCGACAU